AUGAAAUAUAAUACAUCUUUGUACGUUGCACUUAUAAUAGCCUUAUGUCAGGCGGUAAGUGCCCUUAUAAGAAAUUCGAACACACCUCAGGCCUUCUUAAUACCUGAAUUGAAUAAUAAUGAAAGAAACGAAUUGAAUAAUAAUGAAAGAAACGAAUUGAAUAAUAAUGAAAGAAACGAAUUGAAUAAUAAUGAAAAUAACGAAUUUAAUAAUAAUGAAGAAAAUUGUGAUAUACAAAAAAUAGCAGAAGAAAUGAUGGAGAAUUUAUUGAAUGAAAAUGAUAUGUAUACUAAUAUAAUGUUAGCAUUACAAAAUAGAUUAAGUGAUGAUUAUUUAUGCUCAGAGCCAAAAUAUGAGAAUAUAUGUAUACAUGAAAAAGAUAAAAUUUCUUUAUCCUUUCCUUGUUCAAAUCCUAAAUAUGAAAAAUUAAUACAUAAAUUCACAUUUAAAAAAUUAUGUAACUCCAAAGCAGCUUUUAAUAAUACUUUACUUAAAUCUUUUAUUGAGGAAGAUGAAGAACAAAAUACAUUUAGUCUUAUGUUAAAACAAUUUAAAACAUUAUUAACAUGUGUGGAUGAUGAACUAAAAGAUAUAUAUAAAGAAUCUAUUGAUUUAUUAGUCGAUUUAAGAACAUCUAUUACUGAAUUAACACAAAAAUUAUGGUCAGGUAAAAUGGUUAAUGUUUUAAAAAAAAGAGAAUUCUUAAUAGCUGGUAUUUUAUGUGAAUUAAGGAAUGGUAAUAAGUCACCACUUAUUAGUAAAAGUUUAGAAUUUGAAAAUCUGGGAAUAUUAAAAAUAAAUAAUGAAGAGUUAUUAAAUGAAGCUUAUACAGCCUUUUCAGAUUAUUAUUAUUUUUUUCCAUAUUUUAUUCAAAAAUUAUUAGAAAAAGGUGGAAUGAUAGAAAGGUUAAUUAAAAUUCAUGAAAACAUGACUAAAUAUAGAACAAAAGAUAUGUUAAAUAAAAUUAAUGCACAAUCAAAAGGAGAAGUAUUAAAUAAUGAAGAUAUACUUAAUAAACUUAAUGCAUAUAAGCAUUAUACAAAGCAUGGUGCAACUUCAUUUAUCCAAUCUAGGGAAGUAAAAAUUGUGAACCAAAACGUAAACAAUGACGACACCACAAAAAAUCAGCAACAAAAUGUUAAUAAUAAUGAAAAAGUAAAUAAUAAUAAUAAUAAUAACCAACAAGUAAAUAACAAUAAUAAUAAUAACCAACAAGUAAAUAACAAUAAUAAUAAUAAUAACCAACAAGUAAAUAACAAUAAUAAUAAUAACCAACAAGUAAAUAACAAUAAUAAUAAUAACCAACAAAUAAAUAACAAUAAUUAUAAUAACCAACAAGUAAAUAACAAUAAUUUUAAUAAUAACCUACAGGUAAAUAAAAACGAUAAACAUGUACAAAAAAACAAGCACACAACUGCAACACAGACAAAUAAUAUUUUGUUCAAUCCUUUAUAUUCCAUCAAUCCAGAAAAACCAAAGGAUAUUAUAAAAUUAUUAAAAGAUUUGAUAAAAAAUUUACAUAUUGUUAAAUUUGAAAAUAAUGAACCUACCACAAACAUUGAUGAAGAAGGAAUUAGAAAACUUUUAGAAAAUAGUUUUUUUGAUUUGAAUGAUGAUAUUCUUAUAGUCCGUUUAUUACUAAAACCACAAACAGUAAUAUUAACGGUCAUACAAUCCUUUAUGCUAAUGACCCCGUCCCCAUCAAGAGACGCAAAAGCUUAUUGUAAGAAGGCAUUAAUUAAUGAUCAAUUAGUACCAACUAAUGAUACUAAUAUUUUGUCAGAAGAAAAUGAAUUAGUUAAUAACUUCUCUACGAAAUAUGUUUUGAUAUAUGAAAAAAUAAAAUUACAAGAAUUAAAAGAAAUGGAAGAAAGCAAAUUAAAAAUGAAAUAUUCAAAAACCAAUUUAUCAGCAUUAGAAGUUAGAAAUACACAAAACAAUAAAGACAAAAAUGAUGCAUCCAAUAAAAAUAAUAACCCAAAUAAUAGUAGUACACCAUUAAUUGCAGUAGUAACAGAUUUAUCUGGUGAAAAAACAGAAGACAUAAUAAAUAAUAAUGUCGAUAUAGCUACAUUAUCAGUUGGAGUACAAAAUACUUUUGAAGGACCAAAUGCAAAGGCGGGAACUUUAAUUAAUCACCUUUCUUAUGCAACAUUCCUUUUUUUCUCUUUCAUUUUAAUUAACUUGUUAAAUUAA